GAAUGCUGACUUCUUUUGAAGGUUUUUCGAGCAGGCUGCGAGUGGAGAGCCGAGCAGCGAGGCAGCGGUAGGAUUUGCAGCACAGAGCACAAGGCUGCUCAGCCCAAAUAAAAGCUCCGUGCCUCUUUAGAAGGUCUCAGUGCCUGACACAGCUGGAGAGGAGCGCAUCCAUCUCUGCAGCACCCCCAGAUCCACACUGCCAGGAGCCUGUAGGGACGGGGCACCACCAUCUCCAGCCAACCUACGUCUCCCAUUACCCACCCCAAGAGCAGAUGUAACAAGUCCACGGGGGACACCGCGACAGCACUGAUGUAACAAAUCCCCCCCUUAAAGAAAAGGGACGGAGAGCUGCUCUGUGAGAGCCCACCCAGCUGCUAAGGAGCCUUCAGAGCAACGGGAGCGUUGAGGGGCUGAGCUGUGCUUACAGCAGCGGGACCCGGCCGUAUCCUGACCGCACGGUGCACGCUGUGUCUGCCAGAAGGGACACAGCAUCUCGCCCACGUGGCUCCUACCUCUGGAGUCUGAUCUUUAUAGAGAGAGGAACAAAAGCAACGGAUAGAAAAGGAUAGAGAUGGAUGGAAAUACGGCAGAAGAAUAAUUGUGAGAUCAUCGUAACGGUGAAAAGAAGCAAAUUUAAGUAUUGGUCAUAGCAGAGGAGGAUAGAGAUAAAAUGAAGAAUACUCUUCCUGCUUGAAAUACUGCUUGGAGUUGAUGAAGAUAGUAGAGCUGUGGAAUGCUGUGACCAGUCCCACUGCCCCGCAGCCGAAGGCAGAUCGCCGCCCAGAUCAUCUCCACCCGAAGGAAGUUCAUUCACAAGAGAGUUCCUGAUCUUCCACCAUGAACCCCGUUUACAGCCCCGUUCAGCCUGGGGCUCCCUAUGGAAACCCGAAGAACAUGGCGUACACAGGUUACCCAACGGGAUAUCCCACCGCUGCCCCAGCCUACAACCCAAACAUGUAUCCAACCAGCAGCCCUGGCUACGCCCCAGCUUGUGUUGCCUUGUGUCAAUGCUUCUCGUGCACAUCGGCUGCAAAUCUAAGACAGACCUGUUGGCUGGAAGUCAUGAUUCACUACACUUCUGAUGAAGCAAGCCUGGCCUCAGACCUCCUCCUCCUGUGCCACAGAGGGCACCUUCCACCUCCCGGUGGACACUGGGACCGAGAACAGAACCUACCAGGCUUCUUCUGCAGCAUUCAGGUACACUGCGGGGACUCCCUACAAGGUCCCACCGACCCAGAGCAACAGCGCGCCUCCUCCCUACUCUCCGUCUCCGAAUCCGUACCAAACCGCUAUGUACCCCAUCAGAAGUGCCUACCCACAGCAGAACCUGUACACCCAGGGAGCUUAUUAUACCCAGCCAGUGUACGCGGCACAGCCUCACGUUAUCCAUCACACCACCGUGGUUCAGCCCAACAGCAUCCCGUCGGCCAUCUACCCGGCCCCUGUCGCUGCGCCCCGGACCAACGGCGUGGCCAUGGGGAUGGUCGCUGGCACCACCAUGGCCAUGUCAGCAGGAACCUUGUUGACCACCCCACAACACACCGCCAUCGGAGCACAUCCAGUUUCUGUGCCAACGUACCGGGCUCAAGGAACCCCCACCUACAGCUACGUACCGCCGCACUGGUAAAACCCACUGGCCAAGUCAUAUCCGAAGUCAAACAUUGUAUGCAACUACACAAGUCUUACAUCGGGGCUGCGGCCACUGGACUGCAGCACCUCGUCUGUUUGCAAGAACAAAAGAAAAAAGUGCAAGGGUCACUUUAUGCAUUCUUUAGUGGUUUUUGUAAAAGCUGCUUUUUCUAAUCUUCUGCCUCUUUAUUUUCCCUCUCUCCUCCCUCUCCCCGACCCACAUCAAUCGUGUAACACAUACUGACACUGAGCAAUAGUAAAGUUCUCUCUUCAGUCCUAUCAUUUUACAGCUCAGAAUAUUCACUUUUCAGCAUUGCCCAGUCGAGUGGUGCAAAGAUCCCCACUUCUUGUUCAUUUGGGUUCUUCUCAUCCUUUUUUUUUUUAUUUUUGUUGUUGUUGUUGUUGACAAGAGCCUAGGUUUUCUUUGACUAGUAAGAGUGGUUGAUGUUCAGGGUACUAUGUGAAAAGCACAGCGCUGGUAGGCAGGCUUAUUCCAAUUUGGUUUGGGUAUUUUUAGUUGGAUAAUGUAAAUUAUUUAAUCUUCCGUAACAUAUUACAGGAAAAUUGGUGUCUUCCAGAUAGCUGUCGUGACAGAUUAUAAUGCAUUAUCUGCGGUGAAAUGCUGAACUCAUCCCUUCUUUUGUAGGAGUAAGAGAAUAUAAUUAGCGAUGUAACACGCUUGUUUUAGGAAGUAGGAGGACUGUUUGCCAUCGGGUCCGCUUUUCAAAACUGGGCAGAGGCAUUUGGGGCAAGGGGAGGAGAACAGCAGCGAUGCCUUUGGGAAGGCAAGAUGCUCUGUGCCAGCUGCAACCCAGUAUGGGCAGCUGUUUCCUGGCCACUGCUUGUGGGCAGAGGUGUGUAGGGAUGCUGCGGGUGGGAGGAGAGAGAUUUCCAGGCUGGAGAGGCUCUACGGAGCCUGGGGAUUUGGAGAAGGAGGCUGGAUGGGAAGGAGCCUUCGUGGAGGUCGAGGUGCUCCCAUUCUUUGGGUUCUUUGGAUUGGGGUCAACAAACGUCGAGCUGAGCCCAAAUCCUGGCACUGUGGAGACAGCUGCUUGGGCUGGGAGAUGUAGGGGUAAGGAGCAGCAAUAGCAAUAAAGUCAUCUUCUGCACCUGGAGGCAACAUGAGGCUGUUCCUGGAUCCUCAGGGGUGUCCCCGUUGAACAGACAGCACUUGCAGGCAGCUGGAGCUAUUUUUCAAUUCUUACCUCUAAACCCAGCAUAGAAACAAAAGUUUUUCUUUCUUUUUUUUUUUCUAAGAGAAAAAAAUAAUCAUCAUCAUUUUGCUUCUUGAUGGUUUUCCCUCCACCUGCCAAAGUAGCUCCAUGCAUCCAUCCACCCAUCCACCCAUCCAUCCAUCCAUCCAUCCAUCCAUCCAUCCAUCCAUCCAUCCAUCCAUCCAUCCAUCCAUCCAUCCAUCCUUGUGUCUCCGUGUUGGUCCCAAGGAGCCAUCCAGAGCCUUGCAAGGAAUUAGAUCCUUCUUAAUGGGAAACGGUCCAUAGGGGGAGAAACUUUUGUAGGGACCCCAAAGGACUGGGGGCCGCUGGUUGUCAGGUCAGUGGGGGCCAUUUGGUUGCUUCUCCUGCUCUUAAUGGAAACCCAGGCAAGCUCCAAUUGCCCUCGGUCAGAGGACAGAGGGGACACAAAGUGGUGAAGCCUGAACGCCAGCGCUGUGGGUGGAGGAGGUCAUGAGGGUUUCCACCACGUAGUACGUCGUGUUGCACUUUCAUUUUGUAUAAAACAGAGAAAAAAGAAAAAAAAAAAGUUAAAAAAAAGAAGUGAUUAAUCACAGUGUUGCCCCCGUUUAGCUUUGGCAAAGCCUCCCCGCCUGUAGGGUCAGCACUUAAAGGGAAGGGGAACGUUUAGAAGUAGGGAAACCACAUUGUCCUGUGUAACACACCGCAAUUAAACUUGGGUAAGAAAAACCCCCACCAUUAUAAUAAAUCACAGGAAUCGAAGAGCUCUCAAAUACCUUUUUUUUUUUUUUGGCUCUCACAAUAUCGUUGACUUGGUGUUGGAAUGCCUAUGUAUCAGGAGCUAUCUGUCAGUGCUGGAAUGCAUUGUUGUGAUGGAAGAAAGUCGUUAGGGAAUUAAUGGCACCACAAUGAGUCCCAACACUGCCCUGGGGUUGCUCGCCCAUCACCACGCUGGGUGGAGCUGCCUGAAUUCUCAGCUGUGGCCAGGAAGAUGUGGGGUGUACUGCUGAAAGGAGAGAAAAUGCUAAAUUUGGGGGGUGAAAUGCCAUUCAUGGCACAGAGGAGCCCCCAGAUGGAGACAGUCUCCUCCUCGCUGUGCUUUUAUAAAGGCAUUUUCAAGUUUCCCCAAAAUCAAAGCUCUGAGUUUCAGGCUUGGUCUAAAAAUGACCAAUUUUUCAUCAAAACAGGCUGAGGCUAUAAAGGGAAAAGGGAAAACACCUCCAUCUGUUACCACUAACAAGACCUGGUGAGGGUCAGCUGGCUUUCUUUUAAUUCCUCCACUUGGAUCAAUGGCAGAUGUCAUGCAUCUCCCUCAUUGUGCUUGGGUAGAAAUACCCAGUGGUGCCACUGCAACGUGAGGAGGUGAACCUUGCUGUGGUGAGCCCUUCCUAGGAGCUUAGGCAGCACUGUGUGGGCUUGGGAAGCCACCUGGGGAGACGCUCGGGUGUCUUUCGGGGUGGUAUCCCCAAAGGAAUUUGUUUGGGAAGAAGCAGGUUGGGAAGUCAACCCAUGAUGGGGUAAAGCGUGGUGCGAGUGUAGGACCAAGGGGUGAGUAGGAAAUGGUUGUGCCGUGAGCAGCUCCAUCCACUUCCCAUCAUGGGAUAGAGUUCUCCAGCCCCAGCUGAUCUCGUUUCGUGAUAGCAAGGUGUAGCAUGGGAUUUCCAGCAGAGGUAUUGAAGGAUUUCCAUUGCUAACCUUGACCUCUGGCACCUUUAGGGCAAUCAGGGAGGGAUGGAGCUGUGGGAUUGUAGGGAGGGUUGAAGCCUGGAUCAAUCCUUUGGAUAAGGAUUGCUCCUGAAGGUGCUGCCUCUUUCUCUGUUGACGUUCCCCACGGUGAGAUAAAGGCACACAGCAGGACGCUGUCACUCUGCUGUCCCCACCGCUGGGGUGACAGAGCUCCCUGGGGUUGACACCACUGGGGACACCCAAGCAUCACACGCCAGCAGUGCUGUGCUGCUGUUGGGUUGAUAUGGUGGCAGGUUGGUAAGCAGGAAGAAAAGGGAUUUUCCUCACUGGGGGUGCGGGGGAUGAGGCUUUGCUCUGUGCCAGGGCAAGAGGGGGUUAGGAUGUCCUUGGAAGUGAUGGAGGCAAAGCAAAACUCCAGGAAAAGGGGAAAAAGUGUUAAGAAAAUCAUUAUUAAACCGCAGCUGUGGCCAUUACCCAAUCCUACCUGUGACUUUUGCAUUACAACGCACUGCAAUGCAGGACUCAAAGCCUGUGCUGCCCCAGCCCCAUGCAAAGCCCAGAGCCCCCAGCUCUGAUGCGCAGCAACCACCCCGUAAAGCUUCUCUGCAGCUCGGAUAUGUAAUUUAAGCUCUUUUUACCUUCCUAUUUAAGGUUUUUUUUUCUUGGUUUGGUGUCGGAUGUUUGCUAUUCUUGAGGAGCAUGGUGGGCAAAGGGUGGUCCUCAAUGGGGCCGGGGAGUGAGGUCAUACCAAGAGAAAGAAACUCCUCCCAUUUGGGGUUUGCAUUCAGUGCUCAAAUCCAACCAGCCGAAGACAGCAAUAAGAGCCAUUGGGUCAUUGUAAGUCCACUUUUUAAUUUUAUUUGGUCACACCAUCAAUAUUUUCAGUCCUGGUGAGGUCUGCUGUUCCUUCCACCUCUAUCACCCUAACGUCCUCCCCAUGGCUUUAAUCCAUGGCAAUUCGCUUUCCACCUCUUUCCUUUCCCUCUUGCCCUUCACUUUUGGCUCCCCAUGGCCCGAACGUGCUGUCUCUCUGCCAUAGGGAAAUAUAGGGCAAAAAACCUGGAAAGGAGGGAGGAAGGAGAGCUGUGUCAAGGUGUCACACCGUUUGGCACUUACGGAGUCACCAGCAAUCGGGUGAUAAUGGAUUUAUGGGAGUGUCUGGAAAACGGGAAUAGCAAAAGAUGUGGUCUGACGGCAGCUUUCCCCAACUGGACGGCCUCAGUUUGUAGGAAAAUGCCCAACGCAACGCGUCUGCCUUCAGCAUCGCGUCCUUGGGAUGGAGCUGCAGGGCUGCAGCCACAGGGAGAUGUAGUGAGGAAGGGGAAAGGGGGCAAUGGAGGGCACCUCAUGCCCCAGAACCGCCCCCCAAAACCACAGAGCCUCCUUGUGCCCUAGCACCAAGCAGAGCAAACCCAGCCCGCGCGCCCCGUCCGUCUUUCUGUCUCAUUUCUUGAUCCGUUUUGACCAACGGGACAGCUCGGAUCAGCUCGUUUUUAAAUAGUAUUGGAACUCUUAAGCAAAAAUAUAUAUAUAUAUUAAAAAAAUACAUAAAUACAAAAAAAAAAAAAAAAA